UUCCUGAGAAUCACGACGUUAUAUAUUUUGAAAUCGGCAGUCCUGUCAUCAACAGUAAGACUGGUUGGCGGAAGCUGGAAGGGAGAAGGAAGAGUGGAGAUAUUACACAAUGGCAUCUGGGGAACUGUUUGUGAUGACUACUGGGAUAUAAAUGAUGCUACCGUCGUUUGUCGCCAACUGGGAUCUCUUAAUGCUGUUAGUGCUCCGCGCUCUGCACGCUUUGGAGCUGGAAGCGGUCAGAUUUGGCUGGACAAUGUUGGUUGUUCAGGCAGUGAAAGUUCAAUUGAAAAUUGUCCGCACAAUGGGUGGGGCAUACAAAAUUGCGAUCACGGUGAAGAUGCCUCGGUGAUUUGUUCAAGUAAGUUAUGUAGACCAGGAUUAUUCAAGGGUCAUUUUGUCUAUUGCUAAUGUUUUAUUAUUUAAAAAAACAUUGUCGGGAGAAAAGAAAAAAGGCUUUAAACCAAGAAUGCAAGAUAAUAUGGGUUUUCAAGUAUAUUUGCAAGUGAUACUGACAUCGUUUUUGCUCUACUCCAGCGUUCCCUCAGAAUGAUCGAGCGCUGCUACAGCUAUUUGUUUUUUGUUUACAAAUUGUGACUGAUGCAUAAGUUCAUUGCAACGUUUUACAGUCAAGCCAGAUCAAGCGUUAACUUUAAGCGUUGGGUAAAGCGUACCCUCCAAGAUUCCAUCAAUGAAUUUAUUAAUGGCAAGUUGAAUCCGCUAGUAGUUGUAGAUUUCAGAUUCCUUUCUCCAUUCUUGCAUGCGUAAUGAGCCGUGAAUUCACACGCGAGGUAGCCUAUUAAUUUCAGACGAUUACCUCGAGUCGUUUUUACUCCCUCAGUAACGACGUUGUUGAGAGGAGAAAAUGACUCGAAGUAUUACAUUGUCUGAAAUUCAGGCUACACGCAAUGCAGUUACGAAAUUUGCACCAGCUCAGUUUCCUUGAAUUUGAUGUAAAUGUAUUCUAAGAAUUUUAGUCCAUUCAAAGAUUUUCAAUCUGAUCAAAUACAGAGAAGUUCGCGUAAAAUAUUCACUGCUCAUGUAGGAAUGCCGAUUUGAAUUUCACACGAGUUACGGGAACGACUUACGGAAUCAUCUUUCAAAUAAUCAAUUCAUUAAUAGAAUCUUCGGGGGUACUCAUAGAAGCUACAACGUAGAAAAAUAAAAUUAAUCAAAUUCUCAUGCUGGCCAAUUGUCCUGGUCCUUUUUAGAAUUAAGACUGGUUGGUGGAAGCUGGGAAGGAGAAGGAAGAGUGGAGGUAUUCCACAGUGGCAACUGGGGAACCGUUUGUGAUGAUGACUGGGAUAUGAAUGAUGCUAGCGUAGUUUGUCGCCAAGUGGGAUCUCUUGAUGCUGUUAGUGCUCCGGGCUCUGCACACUUUGGUGCUGGAAGCGGUCAGAUUUGGCUGGACGAUGUGCGUUGUGCCGGCAGUGAAAGUUCAAUUGCCAAUUGUCCGCACAGUGGAUGGGGCAUAGAAAAUUGCGGUCACGGUGAAGAUGCCUCGGUGAUUUGUUCAAGUAAGUAAUGUACACAAGCAUCCUCAACGUAGCAUUUUCUCGAUUCUUUAAAAUAUGUUGUAGUAGUAAAUAUAUAAAGAACUUAUACAAAUUAUUUCACCAGCGUACGGCUGAUCUGUGUUCUACAUAUAUUUAGGUACCAGGCAAUUUGUUGACCUGCAUACAGUCAACUCUCUCUAAAACGGACACCUUUGGGACCGGCAUCAAGUGUCCGUCUUAGAGAGAUGUCCGUCUUAUAGAGAGUCAAAUAAAGGGAGUAAAGAAAGGCAGGGACCAACUUUAGGUGUUCGUUUUACAGAGGUGUCUAUCUUAUAGAGGUUUCCGUUAAGAGAGAGUCGACUGUAUAUAGUUUUUUGGCAUUUAAGACAUCCGUGUCCUACAAGAGUAUUUUUUUUUCAGCCUUUUGCAGUUACCUAGAAUUAUUAUUGCUAUACAAGAAGCCAUUGAACGAUAACAACUGAACGAUAGCAAAACAGAAUUCCUGAGCAUAGGAACGAGGCAAUAGCUGGACAAAGUUUGCAUUGACAAGUCAUGUAAAAAAGGAGAUUUUAAAAUCACACGAGUUCAGCCGUUUGGAAUUUAUGAAAAUUGUUUGAUAAGAACCUGAGUCAGUUUGAACCACACAUCAGUAAUACGUGCAGGGCUGGAUUUUACCAUAUCCAUCAGGGGCGUAGGCAGCUUUUCGACUAGUUUUAGGCCUGCAUGGUCCUCUGCUUUUUAGCUCACCCCUAAAAACGCAUAAUUUAUAACAAGAAGUAGAGUUAUCAAACCAAAAAUUUGUAGGCCCGGGCCUACAGGUCUAUAGGCUGGCUACGCCCCUGUUCAAAAUUAGAAAAUACAGACAACUCUCGCUAUAACGCAAACCAGCUAAAUCCCAGGCAAAUUACAGACGUUUGACUGAAAUAAUUAAACUCCCGCUAUGACAGACCCUACCUAAUGAGGACACUGACUCGAGGUUCCUACAGUGUCCGCUAUAAAGAGAGUUGACUGUACCUGCCUGUAGACGCAACAAGGUCUUUAAUUCAUGCCUUUGUUAAGGGAAGAAUGAAGAAUAGACUAUUGUGACACCCUUCCUGCUAGGUCCCUAAGCAAGUUAUACCUGGUCAGAAUGCAGCUGCCAGGAUAACCUGAGAUCAGGAUCUAUUUUCGUUUUUCCACCACGUAAGAAAAUAUAUGGAAGCUGCAAAAAUUGGGCCUGAUCUCAGCCAUAUUAGACCUUUGGAUUCUAAGACGAGUACGACAACGAAUACGAGAUUUGACUUAAAGCUUUUUCGCGUAUUCUCAAAAUAUAGCUACAGACUCCCCGGAAACCUCCAUUUUACCAAUUUUCACUUGAAAAGUUAGCACUGUUACCUUUAGUGAAGGAGGUUGCACCCUCUCCCGGUCGCAAAGUAAUAAAACUUUUAACAUUUGAUAACUUGUUUCCGCCACUUCGACAUUAGUCAGCUUUAGCAUCGACGACGGCGACGGCAGCGAAGAAGUCACUUUUAAAAUGAUUCGAUUGAGUUUUUCCACACUUUGUAGCGGUUAUUACAAUUAACUGAAUAUGUGAAAUGUGGGCGAAUUUCCUUGGAGUUGAUUUCUUGGGGACCGGACUUAAGCUUAGAAAGAGAAAGGAAAAUUCGUCGCGCUUGUUUACGUUCUCCAUAAAUCGUGAAAUUAGAUUCCCUUACCGUUUUUAGAAUUAAGACUGGUUGGUGGAAGCUGGCCAGGAGAAGGAAGAGUGGAGAUAUUCUACAAGGGCAAGUGGGGAACUGUUUGUGAUGAUGUCUGGGAUACGAGUGAUGCUCGCGUCGUUUGUCGCCAACUGGGAUUUCCUGAUGCUGUAAGUGCUCCCGGCUCUGCGCGCUUUGGUGCUGGAAGUGGUCAGAUUUGGCUGGACGAUGUGGGAUGUUCCGGAAGUGAAAGUUCACUUGUAACUUGUCAGCACAGAGGAUGGGGCGUAGAAAAUUGCGGUCACAGCGAAGAUGCCUCGGUGAUUUGUUCAAGUAAGCCUUCAUAA